CAGGCUUCCUAAAAUUAUAAGCAAUGGAGGAAGAAGUAAGCCAAAUGCAACCUCUGAAUGAGAAGCAGGUGCAAAACUCAGAAGGUGGCUAUGUAUGGCAGGUCACUGAUAUGAACAGACUGCACCGUUUUUUGUGUUUUGGUUCAGAAGGUGGCACUUACUAUAUCGGGGAGAAGAAACUGGGCUUUGAAAAUACAGAAGCUUUAAUAAGAUUGAUUGAAGAUGGCAAAGGCUGUGAUGUGGUACAGGAAAUAAAGACGUUCAGCGUAGAAGGCAGGACAGCAAAACAGGAACCGUUGCUUUUUGCUCUAGCAGUUUGUUCACAGUGCUCUGACGCAAAAACUAAACAAGCGGCGUUUAAGGCUAUUUCUGAAGUGUGCCGCAUACCAACCCAUCUCUUUACUCUUAUCCAGUUUAAAAAGGAUCUGAAGGAGGGGAUGAAAUGUGGCAUGUGGGGCCGUGCCCUGAGAAAAGCUGUUGCAGACUGGUAUAAUGGGAAGAAUGGCAUGGCUGUUGCUCUAGCAGUUACAAAAUAUAAACAAAGGAAUGGCUGGUCUCAUAAAGACCUUCUGAGGUUGUCCCAUCUAAAACCUGCCAAUGAAGGAAUUGCUGUACUCACUAAAUAUAUCACCAAGGGUUGGAAGGAAGUUCAAGACGCAUAUAAAGAGAAGGCACUUUCUGUUGAGACUGAAAAACUCUUAAAAUAUCUGGAAGCAGUGGAAAAAGUAAAACGCACAAAAGAUGAAUUGGAGGUUAUUCAUUUGAUUGAAGAGUAUAGUUUAGUUAGGGAGCAUCUCCCAACAAACCAUUUGAAAUCUAAAGAGGUAUGGAAAGCGUUGCUACAGGAAAUGCCCCUUACUGCAAUGUUGAGGAAUUUGGGAAAGAUGACAGCAAUUUCAGUACUAGAACCAGGAAGCCCAGAAGUGUCACUAGUAUGUGAAAGACUGAAAAAUGAGAAAAUGCUAAAAAAGGCUCGAAUACAUCCAUUCCACAUUUUGGUUGCAUUAGAGACCUAUAAAGGAGAACGUGGAAUCCGGGGCAAACUUCACUGGCGUCCUGAUGGGGAUAUUUUAGAGGCUCUUGAUGCUUCAUUUUACAAAACAUUCAAGGUGGUAGAACCAACAGGAAAGCGCUUCAUACUUGCAGUUGAUGUCAGUGGUUCCAUGUCACAGAAAGUUCUUGGUAGUGUGUUAGAUGCAAGUACAGUUGCUGCAGCAAUGUGUAUGGUAAGAAUUGAUUAGUUGGAUUAAUUGUCC